UAAAGAUACAAAUAUAUAAAUCUGAAAAAUAAUGCAUAAUCGCUCCAAGAAGCCCGUGUGGGCGCUAUUCAAGAUAUUGGAAAUCUUUCUAAGCUCGGCUUGCUGCUACAGACACCUAUUCUGCUACUUGGAGCAUGAGAUUCCCAACGUUUUUAUAUUGUGCGCUACUUAUGCUAGUGGCGUCCUUUUGGGCGUGGCCGGAUUGGUAGGAUCUCUAUUCUACGAACGAGUCGCGCACCGUGUCGAGGCCUUGAUGAGCGGCACAAUGGGCACGUUGAAUAUGAUAACCGUCUACGUGCACAUGUAUUUGCUUGAACAUAAUCAGCUGAUGUCUUUUCUUAGGGAACAGGAGCAGGAAAAAUAUGCCUUUCUCGUCUGUUGCAAAAGCAACGCCACUUGGGCCUGGUUCGCUGUUGGCCUCUAUUAUCUGCAUUGUUCCUUUGCCCUGGACAUGGUUUUCAAUCGCAGAACAGUUAGGGACAAGGAUAAUGAGAAGGUGCGCAGCAGGCGCCGACUUAAAUUAUAUUUUAUAAGCAAGUCAUUUGAGCGCUAUGUUAGCCGCUAUCGUUGGUUCAAAUUGCUCUCAGCCAACAUAAAGAAGAAAGCUCACAUAAAACCCCCGUCACAGAGGAGAAGAAUGUCAACGAUGUUUAAAUUAUAAACGUUUCUUUUCACGCACUAUCGAUAAAUUGGUCGUACCAGCUGUUUGUCAUAACAGCCCUGUGCUUUUGCGCGCCCAAAUUUACAGCUGUUUUGAAACUUUUGGUUAUGGACCAUUGUUAUUGUAAUAUUUUUAGUGUUUUAGUGUGUAAUUUGGUGUGUGCAAAAUUUGUAACGUUUCGUGAGAAAUUAGAGUGGUUUGUGAUUA